GCGGUGCUACCAUUCAGACAUCUUGCAUUUUAUUAAGUCUUGUCUUGGGAGAACAUUUUCAUUUAACAUACGCUAGUGGUUUCGCGCAGAAACGGGCCUUUGUUAGUCGACUGAAUCCAGAUCGGUUUCCCCCCGUGUUACGGAUGUGAGGUGGUUGGACCGAGCCUCGCGUGCCACUCCGGCGGAGUUUAAUACGGUCUCUCACGGGGCUCUCUGCUCGUAUUGUGCGUCAUCUCCAUCGCUGCCGUUUUGUUAUUUUUCUGCACCGAGGAAACAUGGCAACUCCCGCCGCGGUCAACCCGUCCGAGAUGGGCAGUGAGUUGCCAGGGACAGUAGCUAUGCCGGGAGCAGUUGGGGCUGGCCAGGUGAGGAUGGGAGGAGCCGUGCCAGGCCGUGGGGGCAAGAGGAGAUCAGGAGGAAUGGACUUUGAUGAUGAAGACGGAGAGGGACCUAGCAAAUUUUCAAGGUAUGAUGAUGAUCAGAUUCCUUGUGGAGAUAAGGAGAGAUAUGCCAGAGAGAACCACAGUGAGAUUGAGCGACGCCGGCGCAACAAAAUGACCCAGUACAUCACUGAGCUGUCAGACAUGGUCCCUACCUGCAGCGCCCUGGCCCGAAAACCUGAUAAGCUGACCAUCUUGCGUAUGGCUGUCUCCCAUAUGAAGUCCAUGAGGGGCACUGGCAACACAUCCACUGAUGGGGCCUAUAAGCCGUCCUUUCUCACCGAACAGGAACUGAAGCAUCUGAUCCUGGAGGCGGCGGACGGCUUCCUGUUUGUGGUUGCUGCAGAGACGGGUCGGGUGAUCUAUGUGUCGGACUCGGUGACGCCGGUGCUGAACCAUCCCCAGUCAGAGUGGUUUGGCAGCACUCUGUAUGAACAGGUCCACCCUGACGAUGUGGACAAGCUAAGGGAGCAGCUCAGCACUUCAGAAAACUCCAUGACAGGACGGAUUCUGGACCUGAAGACUGGAACAGUGAAGAAGGAGGGACAGCAGUCUUCCAUGAGGAUGUGCAUGGGUUCCCGACGCUCCUUCAUCUGCCGCAUGAGGUGCGGUAGUGCUCCCCUGGAUCACAUCUCCCUAAACCGUCUGUCUAACAUGAGGAAGAGAUACAGGAAUGGCCUUGGACCCUCAAAAGAAGGAGAGGCUCAGUACUCUGUGGUGCAUUGCACUGGCUACAUCAAAGCGUGGCCCCCUGCAGGUAUGUCCAUACCAGAAGAAGACACAGAGGCAGGUCAGACUGGAAAAUACUGCCUAGUGGCCAUAGGAAGACUGCAGGUGACCAGCUCUCCAGUCUCAAUGGAUAUGAACGGAUUGUCGGUGCCCACAGAGUUUCUGUCACGUCACAACUCGGAUGGUGUCGUCACUUUUGUCGAUCCGCGCUGCAUCAACGUCAUUGGCUAUCAGCCUCAGGACCUGCUGGGGAAAGAUAUCCUGGAAUUCUGCCAUCCUGAGGACCAGAGUCACCUGAGAGAAAGUUUCCAACAGGUGGUGAAGUUGAAGGGUCAGGUUCUGUCUGUAAUGUAUCGUUUCCGAAUGAAGAACAGGGAGUGGAUGCUAAUCCGAACCAGCAGCUUCACCUUCCAGAACCCAUAUUCUGAUGAGAUAGAGUACAUCAUCUGCACCAACACCAACGUCAAGCAGCUACAGCAGCAGCAGCAGGCAGAACUGGAGGUUCACCAGAGAGAUGGACUGACUGCCUACGAUCUUUCCCAGGUUCCUGUGGCCAGUGUCAGCGGUGGAGUCCAUGAGGCAGGGAAGAGCAUUGACAAGACAGAAGCCCUCUUCUCCCAGGAGAGAGACCCACGCUUUGCUGAGAUGUACACCAGCAUCUCUGGCUCUGGAGAUAAGAAGAUGAUGGUUCCUUCCUCUACAGCUGGAGGACAGCAGCUCUACUCGCAGAGCUCUCCCUUCCAGCAGGGACACUCUGGAAAAAGCUUCAGUUCCUCUGUGAUCCAUGUCCCUGGUGUGAACGACAUCCAGCCAUCAGGCUCAUCCAAUCAGAAUCUAGCUCAGAUCUCCAGACAGCUCAACCCAGGCCAGGUGGCAUGGUCAGGCAACCGACCCCCCUUCUCUGGACAGUCCAGUAAAGCCCAGUCCAGUCCAUUUGGUAUUGGUUCUGGUCACAGCUACCAAACCGACCCAGCCUCCUACAGUCCCCUGUCGUCCCCAGCCACUUCCUCCCCCAGCGGCAACGCCUACUCAGGACUGACAAACCGCAGCACAGCUUUUGAUGUGUCGGGGGAGAGCAGUCAGAGUGGAGCACAGUUCCAGGGUCGCCCCAGUGAGGUCUGGUCCCAGUGGCAGAACCAGCAUCACUCCCAGCAGGCCGGGGAACAGCACACACACCCUAACCCGGGCCAGACAGAAGUUUUCCAGGACAUGUUACCAAUGGCUGGAGAUCCUACCCAGGGAACAGCCAACUACAACAUCGAGGACUUCGCUGACCUCGGCAUGUUCCCACCCUUCUCUGAGUAAUUCCCCCCUCUCUCCAUCACUCCCCCUUUCAGACCUGGACUGAUGUUUGCACUCAUCUCUCAUGUUGUCUCAUUUUUCUCUAUUGCUGGAUCACCAACACACAGCUGAUGUGCGGUACAGUGUAUGUCUAGGUACACUUGUUAUUCGCACACAUACACACACACAGUGCACUAAUGUUUGGGCUCCAAGGCCUGCAGUAUGUCUGUGAACAUAAAUGUACCUCAUGGCUGCAAAGAGCAACCCUGCUCAGAGGGAAGGAACAUCAGUCAACCUGUAUCAGCUGUCCGUCGUCGCAAUGAUGGACGUCGUCUCAAGCUCUUUGAACAAAUGGUGGAGUCAUCAUCAGCAACAAAUGGUGGAGUCAUCAUCUGUCUGUCAGGUGAUGAUAGCUGGAUUUGUGAUUUGAGACUAGUACCAGUAUUAUUAUAUUAAGAUUUUACACUUCCUCUCUUUCAGAUUUGACAAAGCAAAACUAAAGGUUUUCACCAAAAAUCUACAUCCACAUGAUAUCAUAUAUAUGUCUGCAAUUAUUAUAUUUCAUAAGCCACACAGAACAGAACUGCAAAUGUGUGCAUUGCUGUCUGCCAGAAUAUAUGCUUGUUUUCAGGAUGGAAUAUUUACGUCUGAGUAAAAAACUGAGCAAAACAUUUCCUACUCUCAUCCACAAAAUGAGAGGAACUGCCAUGUAGUAAGUGUGAUUGCUAGCAUGUUUCAACUACAGUUAUUACCAUAAUGCAUUUCAUGUCACUUCUGACACUAGUCGUAUUAUUCUCUAAACAGGGGUUACACAAAGUAGUCUGAGGAUAAGGACAAGCCCAGUUUGACUCUGCCAGCACGUCUGUUGGUAGGAUUAUUUUAGUUGAUGUUUCUGAACAACUGAAACAUGUUGCAGUAAAUUUGACCUAAUUUUUUUUUAUUGACUUAACAAGAACCAUGUUAGUAGAUCAUUUUCAGUCCUAGUCACAGUGUUAAUGUAGUGUUCUACUGCACAGUAUCUUCACUUUUCAUUUAACUGUAAAAAGACACAGUAACACCUUAAAGCAACAUUAUGUAAGAUGUUUUGUGUGAUUUUGGCAUCCUACUGUUUCACAGUGUAAUUCAGUACAGUCUAAACAAGGACAACUGUACAUGUUCAUUUGAUUUGAUUACAUUAUGAUGAAAAACUAGCAAGUUGACAACUUUGCUUACAGGAAAACAGCAAUAUUAUACAGAAAUACAACAGAAUUUACUAGUCCAACAGAAAGAAAGCCAAUUCAGAGGCGUCUGGCCUGCAGCAGUAUUUUUCAUAAAGCUCUCGCCAAUUCUGCAUCCUCUGGCUUGGUCACUCACUUUUUCUGUUAGCUCCCUCCAUCAACGUCCACUUCAGUCUCUUCACCUCUGCCAUUUGCUUACGCAGUGUCCGUAUAGGCUGCUGAGCGCAGUUAUAUUGCUGCUUGCCUUGUUCCGGCUCUCCACCAGCAUAAUGUUGCUUAAAACUGGCAAGUUAGCCAACAAAGCUAGACAGCAACCGACGCAAGAGCACUUACAGUAAUUUUAUUGAUGUCUGAGUGUGUUAUCUCGUAAGUUUGCUAACAUCAGCUCUAGAUUUAUACCUAGCGGGUAAACCUCUGUCUGUGAAAACUCUGGCUGUUUUUGCUCGAGUCGAAAACUCUGCUAAUACAUGCAAACAUCAAGCAAGCGCAACAACACAGCAAGCAGCUGAUAAGUUAUUACUGACUGGUCAACAGCUCGGCAUCUGUCCUGCAUCCUUUCAGCUCUUUUAGCUCAACAAGUAAAAACUAGUCUGAUAUUUACUCUUGUCCGGUCACUUUACAGUCACUCUCUCUUUUUCUCUUCCUCGCUUCCUUCAAAGUCUUUUUUGGUCUCUUCACAGCCUCGAUCCGUUUAGCCGAUGGGAUGAUGCAGUAGUCCCAACAUAUAAGUGGGCUCUGUAUUACUGUUGCAUGGCGCAUGUCUCUGGGAUUCCCUCUGAAACUUCCCACUAGUGUUUUUCCAACUUUGAUUCAAUACCUUGAAAAAUAUUGAUGUUUGAUAAACCUUUAUUAAAUGACUGAAUUUAAUUACAAAAUCAAUUAAUCUUAGAAAUUAGGUGAAGUUACUAAUACUGUGUGUUAAGUAGAACAGCAUCAGUUAAUUUAUGUGACCUUAUUCCAAAUCAAAUGCAGCAACCACGGACCAUCACUAAAGCUACCCAAAAAGAGUAAAGUCACAGCAAACCAAAAUCAUAGGUACCAUUUACACUGGGGACACUAUGUAUUCUGAAUUGUCACCUGCCACCUGAAUUUUGCGUUUCCCUUUAUAUACAUAAAAACAUUUCCACCAUAAAUUGGUGCAGAAACGAAUACAGGAAAUUAAGUGUGUAAUGCUCAAAAUUUGCACCGUACAGUUUCUUUUAUUGCAUUUAAAUCAUCUUACCUAUUUUGUUAUUUGGCUCAGGACUGAGUGUAAUGUUCUCUGAAAAAUGUGAUGGUUAUAAAUACACUAUUAAAUUAAACUAUUAAACAACUGUGUUGCACUUCCUCUAUAGAUAUAAAGAUUUAAAACAUUUAUAUUCAUAUUAUAUAAUUUACAUUAUCCAAAUAUCAGCAGUGUCGAUGAGUAGUACUACUAGCCAAUCACAGCACAGCAAGGCAGGCAGGCAGAAAGACUUGACGCACUCACAGCUAGAAUCCAAUCACAACAUACAUAAGGAAAAAAAUAAUGUGUCCAAAAGGCAGAAAAAAACGUGAAUCAACCCAAACGAAGGAGUGACGAGAAGAUGGUACUAUGAGUGAGAGGAGGUGGGGCUACGUGAGCGCUGCAGCGGUGUGUGCGUCAGGUAGCUGUCGGGAGAAGAGAAGUGCGUUUUCAGUAUUGAUACUGUGGAAAAUAAGUAUUAAAACCCUUAAAAAUUCAUAAUCAAUAUGUUUCAUAAAAUCGAUAAUUUUUGACAACACUGCUUCCCACUCUUUUAACACAUAUCCAGGCUGCAAACAAUAAUGAAAGAAAUAACAUAAUAUAUAAUAAUAACAAGUGAUAGUCCAUCCUACAUUCUGUGUUUACCCCAAAGGCCUCUGAUAUAAUAUACAGUUUUUUUAACAUGAAGGAAAAACAAUACACAAAAAGAUGUUCAUCACAUCAGCAGUAGUACAUUAAGGUAGUAUUGGUGACCAUUACAAGUGAAGCAUCAAAAUGAUUUAGAAACUGUUAUUUUAAAUAAUGUAUAAAAAUACAACAUAAUGUUGCUUUAAUCAUUACUUAUCUGUUGAGGAUUUUAUGCCGGUAUUACUCCAGAAAUGUCUGCCCGGAAUUGUCAGAGUUCUUGUUCAACUGUGAUGUUGACUGAGGGGGGGAAUACUUUCAAAACAUUGUCUGGCUCAUACUUCAAAAGUAUGAUUAUAUUGUGGCGUGAGCACACAAGUUAAUAUAGGUCACCCAGUUCAUACAGCAGUGUGGCAGUAAGACACUGGGUCAUACAUUUGACCUGCUGGUGUCACAUGUGACACAGAGGCUGCAUUAUUAGGGUACACCAGUGGAUGUUAUCAGUGCCAAAUUAAGAACAAGUCAGUGUGCUUUAUACAUGUUCAUGUGCACAUAAUUCCACAGUGACUGAUAGAAAACAGAACAAAGUGGACACACAGCAAUGUAAUGUUUAGCUCAUGUUUGCUUAGUUCUGUGUUUCUUUUCUUUUCUUUUUGCUGGCCCCUGGUUUCCGUCCAGACAGGAUAUCAGUCUGUACUGAUAGUAAGACCAAUAGGACCAAUAGUAGUUGACCACCUCCACCUAGUGCGGCCCUCACUCUCUCCAUCCAUCACCACUUAUUAUGUAACCUAUAUGUAGUGAUGUCCACAACUCUAAAGAAGAACCUGAUGCGAGUGUAGUAUGAUUCUGUGUAUAAAUGAAAAAAAAAACUAAUUGCAGGCAGUUGCUAAGCUAAGGCUUAAAGUGCACUUCAUGAAGAUAACUGCUAAUCUCACCAGCCUGCUUUAAAAGGGAAAAACCGCCAUACUGUCCAAGCAAAGUGCAGUAUUUACAAGUGUAUUUGGUGUUCUUCAGCUCUGGCUACUUGACUUUAUUACUUUAUAAUCUUUUCAACUAUUAAGAGACUAAAUAAUACUUUCUAGCGGGGGAGCUUUUACAUGAUAGAUUGUAUAAUGUCUCUGACAGACGGAUGUGAGAACCUUGAACAGACAUCGAGUCCUUUUGCUAAAGAUCGCAAAUUGAUGUUUUUUUUGUAAAUAAUGUGAUUUUUUUGUCGACUCGUGUUACUUUCACACAGUACAUGUUUUUUGUGUAGGUUUUAAUGAUAUUGUGCGCAAUGUGAGUACAUAUUUAACUAUUGGUACUUAGUUAGUCUGUUAAUUGUACAUUGAGUUUUAGACCUGUAUAAAUUGUGAAAAUGUGACCCAUUAUUUUUGUGUAACAAAUUGUGCUUGUGACAAUAAAUUCUUAUUGGUUAUGUGGCUUCCAUU